AUGGCGCCCAAGGCCGAGAAGAAGCCCGCGGAGAAAAAGCCCGCCGCCGCCGUUGAUGCCGAAGAGGAGCCCAAGGCGGAGAAAUCUCGCGUCGGCAAGAAGCCAAAGGCGGUGAAGCGGAUCCCAUCAAAAGAAGCGGGAGGAGUAGACAAGAGCAAGACGAUGAUGAAGAAGAAGAAGAGGGUGAAGAGGAGCAUGGAGACGUACAAGAUCUACAUCUUCAAGGUCCUGAAGCAUGUCCACCCCAACGUCAGCGUAUCGAGCAAGGUCAUGGGCAUCAUGAACUCCUUCAUCAACAAAAUCUUAAAUGCCCAACUCUGGUGA